AGUAGAGAGCGUUGCCUUUGACAAAACAAAAAACGUACUUCACAUAUCUAAGUAAUAAACUAUCUAUUGUCGAAGUUUAACGUUAAAUUUCAGUGAUGACAUCGCAACAUUGUAGAACUUGAUGAUGAAGAUCCCCAACGCUGCCAAGUACCUGACCCAAAUUUAUCUCAACAAUCUGGCGCAAAACAAUGAAAUGGGCGAGCCUGAUAGUGGCGGCAGAGCCCUCAAUGUCGGCAAUGGAAGGUGUAUGAGUAUACAGGCUAUGCAAGCUCUGUUCGAAUUCUGGGAGAAACACCAGCUUUGUGAUGCUACUAUCGUAUUGGACGACGGCACAGAAAUUCCUGUUCAUAGAGCUGUUUUUUGCGCUUGCAGCUCUUAUUUCAGGGCCCUCUUCACCACUCCACUACAUAAUGAAUAUAAGAGCAGGGUCCAUUUGCCAGGAGUUUCGAAAGAAAUGAUGCAAACCCUUUUGGAGUAUAUUUACCUGCGAAAACUAGACAUCAACGAUCAAAAUGUCUACGAUGUUCUCAUGACAGCAGAUUAUCUAAGCAUCUUGGGAGUCUUGGACAUCUGCUGCGACUACUUGGAGAGCAUACUGAAGCCAAGGAACUGCAUCGGAAUAAUGUUGUUCGCCAGAAACCACUUCUGUCGAGAUCUUGCAAACAAGGCCUGGAAAUUUAUCAUGAAAAACUUCCCACAACUAGCUAUUCAAAGUGACGAAUUGCUGGAACUACCCUUGAAAGACUUCCAAGAGAUCAUAAAUGCUGAUUAUUUGAACGUUAAAAGCGAAGAGACGGUCUGGGAAACCAUACUAAAAUGGAUAAACCACGACUCCGAGAAUAGAAAGGCUCACAUAGUCGAUCUGAUGAAGUGCAUAAGACUGGGUUUGCUGGAUACCCAGUUCUUCUUGGAAAGGGUGAAGGAUCAUCCUUUUGUAACCUCGUGUGAAGAAAGCAGACCCAUGAUUAUUGAAACGUUGAAGUUUUUGUACGAUUUGGAAAUGAUAACCUCAAGAGACGGUGAGGUGAUCACACCAGAGAUAGCCAGACCUAGGAUUCCACAUGAGAUACUCUUCGCGAUUGGAGGUUGGAGCGGGGGUUCCCCCACAAAUUUCAUCGAGACCUACGAUACAAGGGCAGAUAGAUGGGUAAGGGUCGAAGAGGUCGACCCGACAGGUCCCAGAGCCUACCAUGGUACAGCCGUGGUGGGCUACAACAUAUACGUCAUCGGCGGUUUCGAUGGAAUGGACUAUUUCAAUUCUUGCAGGUGCUUCGAUGCAGUGAGUAAAGUAUGGAAGGAAAUAGCACCAAUGCACGUGCGACGAUGCUACGUGAGCACCGCAGUCUUGAGGAACAAAAUCUACGCCAUGGGUGGCUACGACGGCCACCACCGACAGAACACAUCCGAAAAGUACGAUCAUACAACUAAUCAGUGGUCGUUGAUUGCACCAAUGAAUAUGCAGAGGUCUGACGCCAGCGCGUGUACCUUGAAUGAUAAGAUAUACAUAACAGGUGGCUUCAACGGUCAAGAAUGCAUGCAUUCGGCCGAAGUCUACGACCCUGAGACGAACCAAUGGACCCUAAUCAAUCCCAUGCGCUCUCGAAGAUCGGGAGUCUCUUGCAUCGCCUACCACGGCCACGUCUACGUCAUCGGCGGUUUCAACGGGAUCUCCAGGAUGUGCAGCUGCGAAAAGUACAACCCCCAAGCCAACAGCUGGUCCCAAAUCCCUGACAUGUACAACCCAAGGAGCAACUUCGCGAUCGAGGUGAUAGACGACAUGAUCUUCGCCAUCGGUGGCUUCAACGGCGUGACCACCAUCUACCACGUGGAGUGCUACGACGAGAAGACGAACGAGUGGUACGAAGCCACCGACAUGAACAUAUACAGGUCGGCCCUGUCGGCGUGUGUCAUCGACGGACUGCCCAAUGUGAACGAUUACAUCCACAAGCACAGGGACAGGCUGAUGGAGGAAAAACGGCAGAAACUGAUCGCGAUCGAGAACCAACGCCAGAUGGCGGGCGUGGCGAACAACGCCAACAAUUUGAAUCAGCAAGAAAACAUAGUGGCGGCAGUGAACGCAAACAUGCAGCAACUGAACAUACUGCAACAGCUGAACGCGAACGUGAACCCAACACUACCUGAACAAGACGAUCUAGGGGUGAUGGAGGUUGACGACAAUGACGAAGACGGAGUGUUAUAAAAAAAAUGGUUUCUUUUUCGGUAAUUCGAAAGAUUCGAUGAAAAUUUUUGAUGAUUCAAUAAAAGACUUACUAAUGUGACUGUGCUUUUAUAACUAGAGUAAUUAGGUAAUCCAUUUAUUUAUAUAUCUACUGUACCUAUAUUCAUAUACUUUUAUAAUAUUAUUUCCGAGUAUCGA